UACACCACCGCUCAUGGCAACACCAGAUCCUUAACCCACUGAGCGAGGCCAGGGAUGGAACCCGCAACGUCAUGGUUCCUAGUCGGAUUUUGUUUCCCCUGAGCCACGACAGGAACUCCCAGGAUGAUGGUUUCUGCAGGAGAGAGCAGCCAGUGCGAAGCUGCCCGUGUGCCCGGGAUGGUCGAGGAACCGUGGAGGCACGUGUGGGCUGCCGCAGAGUGAUCGAGAGGGAGAGAAGGAGGAGCUGGGGUCAGAGAGGCCCUGGGGUCACCCCGUCCCCAGAGUGGGCCUGUGGUCCACGGGGCAACCGAGGGGCCAUGGCAGAGUAGGGACAAGAUUGACAGGUGAGAAGAGCCUGCAGUUGUGGGAGUGGGGAGACCCAGGGGAGACUCCAGGGGAGAGAGGAUGGCGGCUCAGGCCACAUUUGAGCAGCUGGGGGCGGGGAGAAGUUGGUCUUUAGAGUCCGGUGGGGCUGUCCUGCAGAAGUCAUGUCGUGUGCCAUCCACCAGGCCUGAGAAAGUCACAGGCUCUGAGAAGGUAGUGUUGGGGUCAAUCCUCUUUUUUUUUUUUUUUUUUUUUUAAAGAAGCGGAGAUAUGGGCAGUUGUAGGCCAUCAGAGUGAAGGCCGGUUUUUAAUGGAAAUAGUACUUGGGUCUAGUUUUAACUUUUUUCUUUUUUCUUUUUUCGGGCCACACCUGUGGCACAUGGACGUUCCCAGGCUAGGGGUCAGAUUGGUACAGCAGCUGCCGGCCUACCUCACAGCCACAGCAAAGUAGCAUCUGAGCCAUGUCUGUGUACACCACAGCUCAUGGCAACUCCAGAUCCUUAACCCACUGAGUGAGACCAGGGAUUGAACACGCAUACUAGUCGGGUUAGGAACCCGCUGAGCCACAAGGGGAACUGUGGAUCUAGUUUUUAGUCCACACAUAAUUUAGCCAAGGAGAUAGAUAUGAGCACAGACAAAAAAGUUGAGGGUGGCAGUGGGGAGUCCCUGGAUGUGGCUGAAUGAUCAGGGAGUUCUGAUCCGGGCCCCAGGUGUGCUCUUUGGUCAGGGUUCAGUCUUGUCCAAGAAGGACCAGGAUAGAGCUGCAGUUCUCAACGUGUGGUUUCCGGAGCAUCAGUAUCAGCCUUUCAGGGACCUCUUUAAAAACGCACAUCCUUUGGUCCACCCAGACCACGAGAAUCGGAAGUUCUGAGGCUUGGGCCCAGCAGCAUGUGUUUCAUAAGCCCCCUUGCUGAUUCUGCUGCACGCUGACGGUUGCAGCCCCCCGAGUUAGAGUCCUCUGUGAAAAGAUGUGACGAAGGAGCACAGAUAGAUGAGGGAUUCUCUUUGUGAUCAUCUGUGGGUGACAGCAUUGCAGUCAGAAGAUCUUGCUCAGAUUCAGAAUCAUCACAGCUCCACCCAUCAGGUCAGAGUUCAUCUCGUCCAACACCUGUCGCCCGCCUGCCUGGGCCUUCCCACCAGAUGGCGUGUGCUCCCUUCGCUCAGUCUGUGUUUCUGUUUCUCACUCCCAUGUCUGUGUCCACAGAGGAGUUCUCGGUGCUUGGGCCCUCAGAUCCCAUUGUGGCAGUGCUCGGUGGGGAUGCCGUGCUGUCCUGUCGUGUGUUCCCGGCCAUGAAUGCCGAGGACAUGGAGCUGAGGUGGUUCCGUUCCAAGUUUUCAGAAGCCGUGUUCAUCUAUCAAAACCGAGAGGAACAGAGUGAACAACAGAUGGGUUGUUAUGCCGGGCGGGCCUCGCUGGUGAGGGACCUCCUCUCCCAGGGAGAGGCUGCCAUACUCAUCCGCCAGGUCCAGGUUUCUGACAAUGGGCUGUACACCUGCUUCUUCAGAAAGGGGGACUUCCAUAAAGAGGCAAGUUUGGAGCUGAAGCUGGCAGGUGUGGGCUCUGCCCCUGAGAUGCGCAUCACAGGGCCCGAGGAGGACGGGGUCCGCGUGCUGUGCACGGUCUCGGGGUGGUUCCCGAAGCCCCAGGUGCAGUGGAGGGACGGGAGCGGAGAGAAGUUCCUGGCGUUCUCCGCCCACACCCAGGACGCGGAGGGGCUGUUCAGCGUGGAGGCCGCCCUGGUGGUGCGAGACCGCUCCGUGGGCAACGUGACCUGCUCCGUCCUCAACCCUGUCCUGGGCCAGGAGAAGGCCAUGGCCAUUUUCAUCCCAGAGCCCUUCUUCCCCCAGGCCUCUCCCUGGAAGGUGGCUUUCUUGGUGAGCCUGACUGUGCUGAUGCUCCUCGUCCUUGGGGCUGGAUGUUACAUCAGGAGAGAACAUUCCAUCAAGUUGCGGGAGAUGGAAGAAAAGAGGCAUCUGUGGCAGGCUAAGGAGGAGGCCCGGCAGACAAAGGAGAAGGCUCUACAGGACAAAGCUGAACUCCAGGCACAGCUCAACUGGAGGAAAGACGUGUACCUGGCUGGCUGGAAGAAGGCCCAGCUGUAUGCAGAUUGGAGGACGGAGAAGUUCCAGCCCCAGCCUGUCACUCUGGAUCCAGGAUCUGCCGCUUCAAGCCUUGUAGUCACCCAUGAAAAGACGAGUGUGACCAGGAAGAACACUGGUGUGAACCCAGGAGACAUGGACAGUGUGUUGGGCUUUGAGGACAUCUCAUCAGGGCGCUGGUACUGGGAGGUGGAGAUCAAGGAUGGAGAUGGAUGCGAGUGGGCUCUGGGGGUCUGUAGGAAAGAUGUGAAACGGGAAGGUUGGUGUAAAGAAUGCCCAGAAAAGGGGUUCUGGCUUGUGGGGAAAUAUAGCGAUAAAUAUUUUGUCCAUACUGCACAAUACACUGAGCUAUCCCUUCGCCAGUUUCUCCACAGGGUGGGGGUGUUCCUAGACCAUGAGGAAGGGGAUGUCUCCUUCUAUAACAUGACUGAUGGCUCCCACAUCUUCUCCUUCACUGGGGUUUCCUUCUCUGGGGCUCUCUGUCCCUACUUCAAACUUAGGGCAGGAGAUGUGUCUCUGACCAUCUGCUCCAAGGUGGGAGGGUCUGAGGGGCUCCCUGUGCCCCUUAAUGAUUCUUGCCUGGAGGGGCCUGUGAGCCUCCCAGGGGAGGAGAUCAGCUCAGGCUCUGGUGCUGAUGCUCCCCCAGGGGCUGAGUCUCCAUUACUCCCCUGCAACCCCGAGGCUGUGUCCCCAUAGGUCCCAUCACUGUCCCAGACCCCUCGCUGUGGCUCUUCCUGGAGCUGCAGACUCCAGGUGACAAAGGCCUCUGAGGUGAUUUCUGGAUGGCUGGAGUCUUGGCUUCUUGAUCUGGAAGCAGAUUCCUGGGUGUGUGUUUAUGAGAAUAGUCAGUUCGUGCUUUAUGCUCAGCCAGCAGAUUAUAAAAGUUGACUCUUUGAGCUGGUUUGGGGAUAGGCAACAUCUGACUGUGGGAAGUUGUAUUUCCUUUGGUAAUGAAAAAUAUGUCAUUUGGACAUGAAAGGUGAUGAGGGCUUGAACCACUCAGCAGAAGAAAAUGGAGUUCACUUGUUCUAAUUUGAGUUUUUGCAGAAGAACCCAGAGGAUACUGGUUGGUCCCCAGCUCUAUGCUGAGGGAUCUGAACUGUCACAUCAGGAAAGCCGGCCAUCCAGAAUUUUCCAGGGAAAUGGGUGGCUGAUGGACUUUCAAGGCGUCUAAUAUUUUAUGUAUUUCUUAUUCUGAGAUGGAGAAAACACCCACACAUCCCAAAGAACAGUGAAUUUCGGUAACCUGUGAAGAACUUGUGUUGUGCUCAUUUCAGGAAGUAAGGAAAAGGAUCUGGGUUUUAAAUAUCUGUCAACAGCAGGUGCAAAAAAGAGAAUUGCUAUCUGAAUUAAGAGUAAAUGAAGAAGAGACUUUGCAGAGGCAGUGUGAAUUGCAGAAACCUUGAAGCACAGCACAGAGCCAGUUAUCAAUGUGUCGCCUCUCAGUUCUUCUAAGUCCAGUGGUAAAGGUUAGUGGAAAACCUUAGCAAACCAAAGGAAGCAGGACUACUGAGGACUCAGACCUUUGGGAAUGAAGACGUGGUCACUGCACCAGGUGGAGAACUCUGACCUGUGGGUCUGGGUGCGAAGACAGGGAAUGGGAAGUGGAGGAGGCAGUCAUGGACGUUGACUCUGAUUUGCGAUCCAUUCCAGAAAGAGGAUGUUGAUAGCUUUGCUUAUUUUCUCUGUCUUAAUGUGUGUGUGUUGUUUGUAUUUACUAUCCAUUUUCUCCCUCUUUCUUCUUCUUUUAGAAGAAAGAAGACUUUCCUUCAAGUUGUUAGACUUUUAUUCAAGUUGUUGGAGGUUAUGUGUAUUAUGCUACAGUCUUCAGGUCACAGAAUAGUCAAGGACAUUGGGACUGCAUUUGAGGAGUAAAUAGGAGAGUGGCAUUGGAUGCAUUGUCUGGGACUGUCUGUCUCCUCAUUUUGGGCAAGGGGCAAGAACUUCAUUUGUAUGGGUAGCUCUGUCUUGGUGGGUGAGAAGGCAGGGUUGUGGUGUGGUGUUAGUGGAAGUGCAAAUGUGUGUAAAAUGGUGUGUGUGGAAGCUGAGUGACCCAAGGUGUGGACUGUGCUUAUUAUCGGGUGUCUUGCCUCUUGGUCCCAAAGUCACCCUGUAUUUGCCCUGCUUUGUGAUACCGGAGCUGAACCCCAUAACCUCUUGGUUCUGCCUGGCACGGUGUCAGUCUCUGGAAGGGACCCUGUACCCCAUAGCAGAGGAUGGGCUUCUCUUGCCGGUCUGGAGCUUUUCUUUUGAUCCUAUGAUGUGAUAGUGUCCUGCAGUUCACUAUCUGUCACUUUUGCUGAAUGUGCCUGGCAUUGCAGCAGGCUGUCCCAGAGGCUUGCUUCCCAUGGAAUCUUUUUGUUUCUUCUUUCUUCUUUCCUUUCUCCCUUUCCUUCUUUCCUUCUUUCCUUCUUUCCUUCUUUCCUUCUUUCCUUCUUUCCUUCUUUCCUUCCUUCCUUCCUUCCUUCCUUCCUUCCUUCCUUCCUUCCUUCCUUCCUUCCUUCCUUCCUUCCUUCCUUCUUUCUUUCUUUCUUUCUUUCUUUCUUUCUUUCUUUCUUUCUUUCUUUCUUUCUUUCUUUCUUUCUUUCUUUCUUUCUUUCUUUCUUUCUUUCUUUCUUUCUUUCCUUUUUAGGGCCACAUUAGGGGCACAUGGAGCUUUCCAGGCUAGGGGUCCAAUCAGAGCUGUAGCUGCUGCCCUACACCACAGCCACAGCAACUCAGAGCCGCAUCUGCAACCCACACCACAGCUUACGCCAAUGCCAGAUCCUUGGCCCACUGAGCAAGGCCAGGGAUCAAACCUGCAUCCUCAUGGAUGCUCGUCAGAUUUGUUAAUGGCUGAGCCGUGACAGGACCUCCCUUCCCAGGGAAUCUUUCAGAGCUCCAGUGGGACGUUUCCUGCCCAUCAGCUUGGCCUGUGGCUCGUUGGUGACCUUCUUUGCCUGCCAGGAGACCACAGUCCCCCUUUCCCCAUAAGCUCUGAAUGAAGUUUCUUUCCCAAAUGUCUGUCUUCCUUGGGUUUCUGCCUGUGCCCUAGAGGGAGUCUGCUCCCCAUAGCUGCUAUUUCUGGCUUUCUUUUCUGCUUUGUGAGUUAACUUUUGCUAGUUUAUAGUUCUUUAUCUCAGUUUAUCUCGUUCAGCUGACUGAUGUGCUUUCUGUCUCCUGACUGGACUCUGACUGAUGCAAACAUCUGAACUGCAGUGUGGCUUGGAGGAUGACACUGCACGGCCCCCACUGCACAUUUAUUUUUUCUUGAAAAUGUGUAUCAACUUUUAUUUUUAUUUUUUCUUACUCAAUGAAUUUAUUACAUUUGUAGCUGUACAAUGAUCAUCACAAUCCAAUUUUAUAGGAUUUCCAUCCCACAACCCCAGAGCAUCCCCCCACCCCCAGACUGUCUCCUUUGGAGACCAGAAGCUUUUCAAAGUCUGUGAGUCAGUAUCUGUUCUGCAAAGAAGUUCAUUCUGUCCUUUUUUCAGAUUCCACAGAGGCAUUGACAAAUUUAUUGAAAUUGUUCCCCCCGGAAUAAGUCAAACGAAUAUACUCUUGGAGUCCUUGUGUGGAUGUAAGCAUUCUGUAUGUUAAUAUAGUUUCAGUUAUAUUUAUCCCUCCUUCCAUUUAUUUUGAACCUUCCUGACACUAUACUACUUUUGGACAAGCUAUGGGCAUAUUUCCUUUGAUGCAGUGCGAAAAGGAAGAUAUUCAUAUGCUGUGAAUUAUCCACACAACAGGGAAGUAAUCUUUAGACACGUGGACCAGCUGUCUAAGUAAUUCCAGAAGGAAUGAUUAAAGUCUUCAGUGUGGUAGAGCUUUGUCGGAAUUGCCUGACGUAAGUGUCAUGGCUGUGUACGUUUUGUGCUGUUUCCUUGAAAUUUUAUUGGUCAAAGUUGCAGAUGCUUUUCUGUGCCUUUUAUUAUUGUUUAGGAAAACAUUGAAUUAUACAGAAAGUACUACUCACUCUCUGGUUGUAUUUGCUAUUCAAAAAAAAACCCACAUCUUUUAUUUAUUUGUUCUUAUUCUCAUUAUUAUUUUUUGGGCUGUGCCCGCAGCAUGCGGAAGUUCCUGGGUAGGGAUCUAACCCGUGCUACAGCUAUAACCAGAGCCACAGCAGUGAGAAUGCUGGAUCCUCAACUGCUGGAGCCACGAGCGAACUCCAAAAAAAUGCGUCUUUUAGUACCUCCUCAACUAUUAUCCAAGCAGUUGUUUCCUGUAUUGCUAAGAAACAUCGUUCAAGGCCCGGGAAUAGGUGAAACGUUGGGAGUCAUUUCUUUUUUGUGUCAUCCUAGGGCAUUAAGACUCAUACAAACCUUUGUUAUUAUCUAGGGGAGAACAUCAGUGUUGCCUUUGGCUUUCAAGUUUAACCAUUGGCUCCUUUCCUGUGAUGUAUAGUUGUCUGUUCAGCAGAGAAGAUCACUCUAAAUGUUACAGUGUAAUUGUCCAUUAACCACUUGCCCCUCCUCAACUUGGAAUACUUAUUUCAAACUGCCUUUUCUGGUGGAUGAUCAAUGCCACGUUUUCAAAAUGCUGUCUGAACCUAACUUUACAUUGUACCAAUGCCAUGAUUGAUUAAUUCAUUGAAUAAAUUCGUAGAUUUAUACAUGGUCGAGAGACAUGUUUAUGACUUUGUGGAAAUUUUACAAUACCUUUUACUUUAAAAAACAUGGGUUUUAUUAAAAAAACUAUUAAAUUUAAGUAUAGAAUUUUUUAUACUUGGUAAAAGAUGAAUACAUUAUGAAAAUCCCAUGUGGGGCGUUCUCGUCAUGGCUCGGCAGUAAUGAACACAACUAGUAUCCAUUAGGACUCAGGUUUGAUCCCUCGUCUCGCUCAAGCUGGUUAAAAAUCUGGUAUUGCCUUGGGCUGUGGAGUAGGUCGCAGACGUGGCAGCUACAGCUUCAACUGGAUCCCUAGCCUGGAGACUUCCAUAUGCUGCACCUUUGGCCUUAAAAAGAAAAAAAAAAAAA